AUGCCACACCUCCCAUCUUCGCGUGCUGGCCAUCGCCGCAACGCGACGCCUCGGGCUUAUCACCGGCGCCGUCCUCAAUCUUCUCGACGUCCUCUUCAAUCUUUUCGACACCGCCACCGAGCCCCUCGAGCCCGUCUCCCCCAUCACCAAUCACUCUUUCGGCCAGUCACUGAUGUCUCGACCUCGAGCGAUGACCUUGACGCGCAAGAGCCCGAAUCCGAUGAGAAUCUCCUUACCAGCACGGACACGGAAGACGCAAGAACAGCUGCUGCCUCAGAGAACGAGACCCGCCAGUCUCGCGCAUAUUUCAUCACCCUGCGAAAGGUUGGAUGCGGGCCUUUUUAUCACUGCCAGAUUGAGUCGCGCAGCGUGGCGUCGUCGGGAGAAAGGCUCUUGCGGAGCGAGCCUGAGGACGCUCUUGUUUUGGACCAGACAACGACAAGCGUCUCGUUUGCGCUCGUGGACGGAGAUCCUAUUGCCGCGGCGAAGAGGGUCUACAACAGGCUCAUCUCGAGCCAGGGCUUCGUCGAUGCAGAUAUCAUGAUGAAGGUAUUGGACGGGUUCCUGGAAAGAUUUUUGCUUGGGGAGUAUGGAUAUGAGGUAGACUCUACUCCAACUUUUCAGCGGCAUCCCUAUUACCUGCGGCGUAGCUAUCCGCUCCGCCAUGUUGACAGCGCUCAAAACUCUCGAGAAGAUGACUCAAUUCGGGCCGGCAAUGCAUUCUCCAUCAUCCAUCUGUAG